GUACCAGCCCCUUUAGUUAUUUCUACUCCGCCCAUACUAGACCCACAAAACCUUGUAAACGAAUCACUCGGUCUUCUCUCCAAGACUCUGAUUUCCCUACCAGCACAUCUCCAGAUCCUGGAAAAACUCAGGAUGGAACUGAUCCAAGAUGUCUCCCGGCCACCCCUGGUGUCUGUGAAGGGUAUUCCACUCAUCAAGUACUUUGCUGAAUGUAUUGAACGGCUGAAGGAUCUUCAGGUCUGGCCCGAUGAUGUCCUCAUCAGCACCUACCCCAAAUCUGGAACAACCUGGGUGAGCGAGAUCUUAGAUAUGAUCUACCAGGGGGGUGACCAGGAGAAAUGCCAGCGGGGCCCAAUCUACACCCGGGUGCCAUUUCUUGAAUUCAAGGCCCCAGGAAUCCUCUCAGGCAUGGAGACUCUAAAGCAAAUACCUGCACCUCGACUAAUCAAGACCCACCUGCCUCUGUUACUGCUCCCCCAGGCUCUGCUGGAUCGGAAGGUCAAGAUCAUCUAUAUGGCAAGAAAUGCCAAGGAUGUGGCAGUCUCCUAUUUCAACUUCUAUAAGAUGGCAAAGGUACACCCUGAUCCUGGGGCCUGGGAGGACUUCCUGGAGAAAUUUAUGACUGGGCAAGUUUGCUACGGUUCCUGGUACCAGCACGUACAGGAAUGGUGGGAGUUGAGGAAGCGUCAGCCAGUUCUCUACCUCUUCUAUGAAGACAUGAAGAAGAAUCCCAAGAGGGAAAUUCAGAAGAUCACAGAAUUUGUGGGACGGCCACUGCCAGAGGAUAUCAUAGACCGAAUUGUCCAACAGACAUCUUUCAAGAAGAUGCAGGAGAACCCCAUGACCAACUAUACCACUGCCCCCACAGAAGUCAUGGACCACUCAAUUUCUCCCUUCAUGAGGAAGGGUAUUACUGGAGACUGGAAGAACACCUUCACUGUAGCCCAGAAUGAGAGGUUUGAUGCUGACUAUGAAAAGAAGAUGGCUGACUCAGACCUUCACUUUCAUACUGACCUCUGAAUGGCAACAGGAAGAGAGGAUCACCAACCCAUACCUCUGUAUCAGCCCCCAAUUUUUCCAGUCUUCUAUUAAUCUUUUUCAGCAUGCAAAAUUAGCACACCUAUAUUCUAACAGGAAAAAAUCUAACUCACUCUCAGUGUUACAAAGAGUUUAUUCUGCUUACCUAUUGUAAACAUGGUCUCAGUCUAAAAAAAUAAAAUGAUUUACACCCUAA